AUGAGUCCCUUGGAGGCGGCGUCGGUGCCCGGCUCCUCAUGUUCGGCGCUGGAGACGCCCUCGUACCUGGAGCUGACCGUUUCCAUUGUCCUGUUGCUGGGUAUCAUGAUCUCCUAUCUACCCCAACACUAUCGCAUCAUUUCCCGAGGCACGUCUGAGGGCAUCUCGCCCUACUUUGUCCUCCUCGGUACUACGUCGGCCACGGCCGGUUUCGCCAACAUCCUCACGGUCGGUCCGUCGAGGACGGCCAUCGGCUGCUGCAAGGAACUCGAGAGCUUUCAGUGCGCUGUUGGUCUGCUGGGCGUCGUCCAGCUCGGCGCCCAGUGGCUCUGCUAUUCUCUCAUCUUGAUCCUCUUUCUCAUCUUUUUCCGCGGGAAGGAUCCCGAGGACUCUCUACAUGAGUUCCAGGCCGAGACAUCGGGGUGGCGCACCGCAGUUACGGUCGGCCUCGUCUGCAUCUUCCACGGCCUUGUCGUCGUCAGCCUCACGGCCCUCUUCUACCUCGCCUGGCCCAGACGUCUUGACUCUUGGGCCAACAUCCUCGGCGUCAUGGGUGCCCUCCUCGCCGCCGUCCAGUACCUGCCGCAGAUAUGGACAACGUACCACCUCAAACACGUCGGCAGCCUGAGUAUCCCCAUGAUGUUCAUCCAAACCCCCGGCGGGCUUGUGUUUGCCGCAAGCCUCUACGCUAGAUUAGGGGUCGAAGGCUGGAGCACCUGGCUCAUCUAUCUCCUGGCCUCGGCCAUGCAAGGGACCGUGCUGGCCAUGGCCAUCUACUACGAGAUCCAGAACAGGAACCAGCGGGCCCAGGCCAACGGUCACAGCGAGGUCGACACGGAGCCGUAUGUCGACAGCCACUAUACGAGCUCCCACCGACGUCCUCAGGCCUCGCGAACCUACUCGGAGGGCUUGGAACGUGGCCUCCCUGGUCCCUUUACCGGACACCCCGAGCUCUACGCUGAGACAGAGGAGGACCUGGAUGAUAUUGAGGAGCGCGAGGAGCGUGCCGUUGCGCGCGAGAAUCAGCCGCUGUUGAAGCCCGGCGGCAUAGGAAACCCACGUAGGAGUUAUAACUCGCAUCGCCACUAG